AUGGCUACUGUAGCUGUCCAGACCACCGUGGCGCCUGCAAUUGCCAGGCUUAGGGCUAUGCCCAAGUUCAAUCCAGAUCAGCACUUGGUGGGAGCGCUUCCGGCGAAGAAGAUGACGAUGCAGGAACUAGGAUUUGAGGAGGACGUUGGCGUGUCGCCCGUCGCUGUGUCUGAUCCAUUUCAGCUUUUCACCGCAGAAGCAGUCAAGUUCAUGCGCGGCGAGGUCUUCCGAGUCCCAGAGAAGUACAAAUUUAGCAGCAACAUCGCUAAAUCUCAGCUUCGAGGUUAUGCAAAAGAUUGUGCCCCGUUCACUUGGGACGCUUGGAACCACCCUGCCACCAUCGCGCUCAUGUCCAAGAUUGCUGAAGUCGAGCUUGUGCCUGCAAUGCCUUACGAGAUUGCGCACAUCAACCUCUCAGCCAAGUCCAAGGAAGACGCUCAGCAAGAGUUGGCGCAGUAUCAGGAACAAAAUCGUCGCUAUCAAGAAGAUGAGGGAAUCGGAGGCUGUCGCGAGGUAGUCGAAACACCCAUCGUUGGUUGGCACACUGACAGCUAUCCUUUCGUGUGUGUCUUGAUGAUGAGCGAUGUCGGCGAUAUGGUUGGUGGAGAGACCGCUAUACGCACAGCCGACGGAAAGAUACUCAAGAUGAGAGGCCCAUCACAGGGUUGUGCGGUCUUGAUGCAAGGACGGUACAUCACUCACCAAGCCAUGCGCGCUCUCGGAGCGCAAGAGCGUAUCACUUCCGUCACGAGCUUUCGCCCUAAGUCCGCUCUUUUUAAAGACGACACGGAACUGCGAACUGUGCGCGGAGUUUCUGACCUCAACGAGCUGUACUACGACUUCGCAGAGUAUCGUCUGAAGCUCUUGCAAGAGCAGAUUCAGCAUGAGCGUGAGCGGGUUGCGGCUGCUCGCAGGACUGGUGAAGGUUUUGCUACCACCGCACACAAGCAAUUCCUCAAACGCGUAAUUGCUUUCUCGAACCAGUCAUCCCACGAGCUCGUCGAACAAAGUGAAGUUCAGCAGGGUUACAUCGAGAGGGUCGAUUGGCCGGAUGCUGCAAUUGACCUUUAG